UGUAUGGGGCGGCGGCGGAGCCGGGUGGAAGGGGCUGCCCGGGCUCUGCCUGAGGCUGUCGCCGCGCUGAGUCGGUCCCUGCCAGCUGGGCCCAGCCCCGAAAUCUUCCGCCGUGCAAAGUUCGAUCGACCAGAGGCGGCUCCAGUGCUCUGGCAGCUUCUCUUGCGCGUGCUCUCACCUCUUGCUGCAAACAAUACCUGGACAGACCUUGCCCCAGAGGCCCAAGUCCGUGUGGUGAAGUCAGCACUGGGUUCCCAAGGCUACCCCAGGUCUGUGCUGCUACAACUUCCCGACGGGGCUUCUCAGGGAAGCCGCGAACUGCUGCUGGCCUUAUCCUGGCUCCUGGCCCGAGGACCCUUGCUUGAGCAACUGCUUGCCCAGACCCGUGUGCAGCUGGGUGACCAGUUGCCCCAGUGUGAAGCCCUAACCGGUCCUGGUCCUCCUGCACCCUUUGUGAAAACGAAGAGUCCUGUGGAUAUCCGACUAGUGGAAUGGCUGAUGGGAAAGCUGCGGUUUAGGUGGCGACGCCUCAUCUCUAGUCAGCGGGAGCAGUGUACCCUUCUCAGCAAGAUCCACCUGUACACCCAGGGGUGCCACAGCCAACAGAACCUUGGCCAUCUUUCUGUUGCUGAAACGGAGAUGCUUAGAGAUCCAGAGAGCGGCCAGCAGCUUCUGCAAGCACUGGAGAGGGAGAACAUUCGCCUGCAGGCAGCUCUGGAGUGGCGGCGCUGUGAGCUGGUCUUCUGGCAGUGGAUGGAUACGGUUUUGGAUGCCUGUUCCCCUGAGACUCCUGCUGUGACCUCACAGCCCACGAUGGUCCUGCCCGCGAUCUCUGAAGGUGGGCUUGGUGAACUGGAGUCGGUAAAACAAGAGUUGCAGGCCCUUCAGGAGGAGCUACGGGGAGCGGCUGCGCCCCGGUGGGCUGAGUGGGAAGCCCGGGUUGGAGGCCUAGGUCAGGGGCCAGAGUGGACCAAUUCAAGGAAGGCCUUGCAAGAUGUUGUUGAGCAGGAGUUGGCAGCCCUGCAGGGGUCCUGGGAGCAAUGCAAUACCCCUGCCCAGCCACAAAGACCCCAUCGACUGGUGAGAAGUAAAGAUGGGGCACCAAGACCCCAAGGCCUACAGGCAGCUGAGAUGAUCAGGACACUGAGCACCAAGGAGGCCUGUCUGAAGAAGGUGUUGCAUCAGCUGCAGCAUCAAUGUCGGCAGGAGCUGGCCAGGCUGACUGGCACUCUGCCUGGCUUGAUUUGGAUUCUGCCUCCUGGGCAUUGAAGGCCCUAAGAUGUCGCCAUCUGUGUAGAGGUCUGGGUAGGGUCUCAGAGGAGCAGACAGGGGUGGCAUGGAGCAGAGGUCCAGGCCUAUGUUCCCUCCAGGGCCAGGGCCUCCCUUUGCCUACAGUUUUGGUGUUAAAACAGGCUGGUCCCCUGAGAGGUUUGGAGGGGACCUAUAUAUACACAGUAGAGCUGUUCCUAGGGACAUCAGGCUUCUGCCGUCUUCCGCUGUCCCUUUAUUGUCCUCUUUUGGGUACACUGAGAUAUGUGUAGUGUAUGGCUGGCACCAUGCUAUAAUCACACAUGCCCCCAAGUACAGGAAGUAUUGGGUCUCUCCAAGCAGGACAGCUCUGGCUGCCUCCCUGAACCUCUUUCUUAGAUUCUGGCUUUAUGCCUCCUCCUCCCCCAGCAGAGCCUCCUCCUGUACUGGUCCACGGAUGUGCCUGGUGUGUGUGUGUUGGGGGGGAGCUGGAUGGGAGCCUGGGGGCUCUGCCUGGGAGAGCGGAGGAGAGGAAGCUGCAGUGCAAACAGAAGGCCUUUGUUCUGAAGGCUGCUGGGCAAGCCCAGCUCUCACAAAGCAGCCUGUGUCCAGGAUGUGCAUACAGCCUGGUGGGAUGGCUCUGUCCUAACCCAGUCUUCUCCCAGCCAGCAGGCUCAGGCAGGUUCCAUGCUCUGCAGCCCCACCUUCCUUCCAGUCCCCAGCUCCGAACACUGACCAGACACUGGACAGCCAGUAGGACCCGCCAGGCAACCUCUAGUCUCCUGCUUUUCCAGGCCAGAGGCCACUAAUGACCCUGGGAGUCUUGGACACUCUAGAACAUUCUUUCAUGGGGGUUUCCUACUUGCCUGAUGUGCCUGGUGGUGUGUGCUAGGGUGACAGUUCAUGUCUGGGGUACAGGUGACCUCUGGCCCUGAGGCAGGGCACCAUGCUGGUUUGUUCCAGUGAAUGUUCCCAGCACACUUCUGGAUGACCAAUGUCUAAUAGGUCCUUUCUAACUUUCAUGGACACAGCUCCUAGAGUCUCUGGAACGUCCUGGCUACUGCUGGGCCUCUGCUGGACUUCCUGUCCUGCCGCCCCUGUUCCUGCUUGGGAACACUUGUUCAGCUCUUCUUGCUGCUUCUACCUGUGGGAUGCGGCUCUGGUCCAGGGCCUGUGGGAACUUGACUGUCUGUCUCCUCAUGACUAUGAUUUGGGCUAUAACAAAUUUACUUAACCUCCCUGUCUGAAAACUGCCCUGCUAUAGGACUUCCAGUGAGCCCAACCUUAAACAAAUCCAAAGCAGACCCAGUGCUACCGGCUGUCAUUCUCCUUUGUUCUGCAGAGUCAGUGCAGCUCCCGUCAGAAUCCCGUGUGUGUGUGUGUGUGUGUGUGUGUGUGUGUGUGUGUGUGUGUGUGUAUCACCUCAGUGUGGGACUCGGAUGUCGGAUGUGAGGCCAUGUGAAGGCCUGUAUGGGGCAUGACCAUGGGACUCGUCCUUGGUCAAGUUGUCACCUGGGGAGGACCUCAGAGCUAGCUUUUCCACACACAAGGGCUUGAAAGAGCCCACAUUUGUGGUUUCAGUGCUGUGUCCUCAGUUCCCAUACAGUCAAGUAGGAAUAAAAUCUAGGGCUGGAGAGAUGGCUCAGUGGUUAAGAGCACUGACUGCCCUUCCAGAGGUCCUGAGUUCAAAUCCCAGCAACCACAUGGUGGCUCACAACCAUUUGCAAUGGGGUCUGAUGCCCUCUUCUGGUAUGUCUGAAGACAGCUACAGUGUACUCAUAUAUAAUAAAUAAAUAAAUCUUU